AUGAACUACGUUGAAGGAAAGCGGCUGCGCCUCGAUUCCGAGGGCAAUUCUUCUGAGGCUGGCUACACGGGAUCCAUAGCUUUUGCAAACAGUACAUACUAUCUACCCUAUCUGGCUCAUGCAGCUUCGCUUUCCUAUCCUAUGCUGUCGCGGCCUCGAUCUAAGCCGACUACGCUGGCUAGGAAGUCUAAUUUCUACAGUCGAGCAACACGGUCGCCACUUAGAAACCAUCCUGUAGAAGGUCAAGUUGCGUCUGUUGCCGAAGUAUCUAUAAAUGCGGAUGUUGAUUCAAAAAUGACAGCCUCCCAAGCCCUUCAGUUUGCCUCUCUCGCUCUCCCCUCCCCGUCUUUCUCGUUGGUAAAUAUUUCAUCCCAUGGCACCCCUAAUGACCACCUUCCUGCCCAUACCGCUCUUUCAAGCGAUAAUCUGACAAAUACAGAUUCAGAUCAUUCCAUCUCCAAUAAUCCUGCCAGUAAAAUCAACAUUAAACUAAACUCAUCCCAGAAUACAGUCACAACUCGGCCUGAAGACUUCCGGCGAACAGAAGUUGCAGCUACGGCUACGGCAGCAGCAGAGGCUGCGGCAGCAGUUGCGGCUUCUUCAACUUCCGGUUCCGGACCGAAGCGUACUACCUUUGAACAGCUGGAGCUGGCUGACCUGGCUGAGCAAGUUUUACCAGCUGGUCCUCGCCUCGAGGACCAAGAUUGUCGUGAAUUAGAACGGCGGCUCAUGGAGUUACUUGAGGAGGAUGAGGAAUUAACUCGCAAAAAGCAGAUUUUAACCGAACUUGCCCUUCGUGAGGCCGAAGUUGCUCGUAAGCGCCAAGAAUUGCAUCGACUGGAGCGUAAUCUAAAGUCGGCUCGCCGCCUUAAACAGGAUGACCUGGCGACUGAGUCAUCUACGAGCAGGCAGAAUAAGAGGGACAACCCAAACCCUGGUCUUCACGAAAUGGCUGGUAAGCAGAUGUGCCAACGCACUGGUCAACCUGGCCCCGCUCCUGUACGAGAACAUCUUUCGAACAGAACAGACAAAAUCAAUCAAGAAGUGAAAAGCACUCGGGAUUUGACUGAUGAGUCGAGUUCCAGAAAGGAAAAAGCCGACUGUGAUGAUCGCCUUCGAGGCAUGAAGUCCCAACAACACAACCAGCCGGGUUCAGUAGGGAGCCCUGAGAGCCAACUCUGUAAUAAUCCUGUUGAUAGUUCGCUAGAAGGCGAGAAUGAGUUGCUAAUCCUCUCAAUCGCUAAUAGCGAUACGGAAAGCUUGGAAGAGAAGCAGUCCGUUUCUAAUACAAAUACGGACACAACUUCCUCUGACGCACUCUCUCCUAUAUCUGCCGCUCGUAACAGUGAUAAACCUCGUAGUGAAGCUUCCAGUAUACUGAUGCAUAGUCGCAGUCUACGAACCCGACAGAAUGGACUGCCACUCCUCUCACUCCGAGUGGCUGGCUCAUCUGUUGGCCUGGCUUCUGGUGCACUUGCCCAUUACUCACGUCCGCCUGCUUUGAUGUCGCUACACUUGCCAGUGGCCAGUAGACACCCACGACCUGCUACCUCCUUGAUCGUGACGCCUCCUAUACAGCCCACCCAACAUUCACCUGUGGACCGACCACCUGUAUCCAUCAGUUACUAUGUUCCACCUGAAGCCAAACGCCCUGUUCCUGGACCACGAAAUCUUAUUGACACACUUUCUUACAACCGUGAACUAUUCACCGGUCCUAAAACUGAACCUACAACAUCUAUACCAAUGCCCGGCAGACAUACCUCCUUGCUCGGGCCGCCCAAGUUGCCAUGA